UCAUUCUACUCGAAAACAGCCAUACCCCUACUUUUGGAUUUGGACUAUUUAUCUUUUUUUUUUUCAAUUUCUGUGCUCUUCAAGUGCCAUCCCGUAUUAUUUUCUCUCUCCUUUGCCUUCCCUUUGGUGUGACCAAGCAAGAAAAGAAAUGUUUUCUUGGCAUAUGGCCGUAGUACCUUUCUCAACCUCAUUUGUUCUUUUUGUAGUAGAUUUGGCGCAGGGUGUUUUUUGCGUGGUCAAAAUAGCGGUUUGGUCACGGUGGGUACAUGGUGUUGCGGAUCAAUUGCUUGUUUCUGGUUUCUUUGUUUUAUUCUUCGAUGGAAUAACCCUUACUAUUAUUACUAGCAUUACCUUGUUUCUUUUUUUCUGUAUUAUUCUUAUCUCAGUAGUUGAUUAGA